CUGAAAAGUAUUAGACGGUGCAGUAGGAUGCAAGACAAGUAGUAAUAAAAAAUCAAAACCACAAAUAUUAUUAACACAGUGGAGAAGUGGAAGUGAAAUAUAACAUCAACAACUAUCUCCCCAAGCACCCUCUAGAACACACCGUUAGGCUUCUUGUUCCGUUUCAAUGGUUAGAGCUUCAGCUAACUCCGUCAAUCCUCACGUUCAUUCUGGCGUUCGUAUUGUCGUCGCCGGCGACCAAGGUACCGGUAAGUCCAGUCUCAUUAGCACCGCCGCGUCUGAGAAUUUUCGCCCGAAUGUUGCUCCCGUGUUGCCUCCCACCACGCUAGCUGUGGAUCUGUAUCCAGAUCAUGUGCCAAUCACAGUCAUCGAUACUACUUCCUCUAUUGCGGACAUUGAUAGAGUUUCGGACGAACUAAAGCGAGCCGACACCGUUGUCCUCACUUAUGCAUGUGAUCGCCCUGAGACACUUGAAAGUCUAAGUACAUUUUGGCUCCCUCAUCUUCGUAACUUAGAGGUGAGAGUUCCGGUUAUAGUGGUUGGCUGUAAGCUUGACCUGCGAGAUGAAAGUCAGCAGGUGAGCCUAGAACAGGUGAUGUCACCAAUAAUGCAACAGUUCCGCGAGAUUGAAACUUGCAUUGAGUGUUCAGCAUCUAGGCAAAUCCAGGUCCCUGAAGUUUUCUACUAUGCACAAAAGGCUGUUCUUCAUCCAACAGCUCCUUUAUUUGAUCAGGAGACACAAACUCUAAAGCCCCGAUGUGUGCGGGCUUUGAAGCGGAUUUUUAUCCUCUGCGACCAUGACAGAGAUGGUGCCCUUAGUGAUGCUGAACUGAAUGAUUUUCAGGUUAAAUGUUUCAAUGCUCCUUUGCAACCAUCUGAAAUUAUCGGUGUAAAGAAGGUUGUACAAGAUAAAUUAUCUGAAGGUGUGAAUGAACGGGGACUUACUUUGACAGGAUUUCUAUUUCUUCAUGCUCUUUUCAUAGAAAAAGGGCGUCUUGAGACCACAUGGACUGUGCUCAGGAAGUUUGGAUAUAACGAUGAUAUCAAGCUUGCUGAUGAUUUAUUUCCACCUUUGAAAUACACUCCCGAUCAGAGUGUUGAGUUGACAAAUGAAGCCAUUGAUUUCUUGAAGACAAUUUUUGAUGCAUUUGAUGCUGAUUUUGAUGGGAUGCUGCGACCCCGUGAACUUGAAGAAUUGUUUUCCACUGCCCCAGAAAGUCCCUGGAUCGGAAAUCCAUACGAGGAUGCUGCCGAAAGGAAUGCGUUUCAAGGACUAUCACUUGAUGCAUUUUUGUCAGAGUGGGCACUCAUGACACUGCUAAACCCAACCUUUAGUGUGGAGAACUUAAUAUACCUUGGUUAUCCCGGUGAUCCAUUAUCUGCUGUCCGUGUGACUAGGAAGCGUCGCGCUGACCGUAAAAAGCAACUUUCAGAAAGAAAUGUAUUGCAGUGCUUCGUUUUCGGGCCUAGGAAUGCCGGAAAGUCCGCAUUAUUGAAUUCUUUCAUUGGAAGGCCAUAUUCUGAAGCUUACAAUCCAACCAUCGAGGAUCGUUAUGCUGUAAAUGUUGUUGAUAUUGGGAAGGAAAACAAAAAAUUUCUUGUGCUGAAAGAGAUUCCAGAAAGUGGAGUUGCCAAGCUGCUGGCCAAUAAGGAGUCUUUGGCCUCAUGUGACAUUGCAGUUUUUGUUCAUGAUAGGUCUGUUGAGUCUUCAUGGAGGGCAUCAUCUGAACUCUUGGUAAAUAUUGCUGGACAUGGAGAAAAUACUGGCUUUGAGGUGCCCUGUCUUAUAGUUGCAGCUAAGGAUGACCUGGAAUCAUUUACAUCGGCAAUACAAGAUUCAAUUAGGGUUAGUCAGGAUAUGGGAGUAGAGGCUCCUAUACCGAUCAGUGUGAAGUUAGGGGAUUUCAACAGUGUAUUCCAACGAAUUGUAAAGGCUGCUGAGCACCCUCAUUUAAGCAUUCCAGAAACUGAAGCUGGAAAAAACCGCAAGCAUUACAACAAGCUCAUAGGUCGAUCUCUUAUGUGUGUUUCAGUUGGAGCGGCAGUGGCACUCGUUGGGUUGGGUGCUUACAGAAUAUAUGCUGCAAGGAAGAGUGCGUCUGGUUAAACGGGAAGGUUUUGUGAAUGGGUCGUGAUUUACGCCUCGAUCCAGAUGCUGUCGUGAUCUACGCCUCGAUCCAGAUGCGGUCUGCUCUUUGGCAAUGUUACAUCGUCUUAAGACAUUAAAGGCUUUUUCUUAAGCCAUCUGCUGUAGAGUUUUCAAUCUUUUUUAGUUUGUCAAGGUUGAAUUAGGUUAGCACCAAUUUUAUAUACAAAUUAUUGGAUGUUUCAUCUUUUUUAUUAGUUAGGCCUUCGUUAAGUAAUUUAUACAAUAAUGUGUUUUACAGUCGGGUCCAGUUCAUUACUGGAAACUCUCUUAACAUAUCUUAAUUCAAACUAUUUUUAUUGCAAAAUAAUUGAAAUAUUAUAAAUAUAUAA